AUGGGAACAAAGUGCGACCCGGAUUGGCGACAUGCUGCCUUUGCCUUCUAUCAAUACAUUCCCUCUAUUGCUGCUGCUGUCAUGUUCUGCAUUCUCUUCUUUGUAUCUACCGUGAUACACCUCAUCCAGAUGUGGAAAACCAGAAGCUGGUAUUUGACUCCACUGGUAAUUGGAUGCUUUUUCGAAUUCGUUGGAUUUGCCGCCAGAGCGACGUCUGGGGCUGAAAAGGCUGGCUGCUGGACGCUGGGUCCUUACAUCACUCAGAGCAUGUUCAUCCUUCUUGCACCAGCGCUAUUCGCGGCGUCCAUCUACAUGAUACUCGGACGAAUCAUUCUCCUCGUCGAUGGACAGGAUCAUUCAAUAAUCAAGCCACAAUGGUUGACGAAAAUCUUUGUCAUUGGAGAUGUUGUCUGCUUCUUACUUCUAUCCGGAGGUGGCGGCAUUCUGGCUACAGGCAGUAGCAAUCCAUCCAUGGCCGACACCGGCAACAACGUCAUUAUCGGAGGCCUUGUGCUGCAGUUAAUUUGGUUUGGCAUUUUCGUCGUCGUUGCAGCCGUGUUCCACAUCCGCAUGAGAUCGAUCCCAACUGUUCGCUCACAGCAACCAGAGUGUCGCUGGCAAGUCUACCUCCAAACGCUAUAUGUUGCGAGCUGCCUUAUUAUCAUCCGAAACUUAUUUCGCGUCAUUGAGUAUGCUCAGGGGCAUGACGGGUACUUGCUGCAAAACGAGGCCUUUAUUUAUGUCUUUGAUGCCCUGCCCAUGCUAAUCGUUGUCUCUUGGCUUCAUUGGAGACAUCCCGGAGAGAUUGGCUUGUUGUUACGUGGCGAGAAAGCCUUCAAGAAUGGGUUCCAGCUGAUUCAUAUCAGAGGCCAGAGUUUGGGUUAA